ACCGAAGACGCCGCGUUUAACAAUUUAAUUCAGUCAUAUCGUUUUAUUUUCAGCGAUACAACAAACAAUCGCGCUUUGACCCAAGAUGUUGUCUUCCUUGUGUUUCCGGUUUCGCCUUCUCCUCGCGCAUGCGCACUCCAGGCUACAAUUUCCUUCGGAACUGGUUCACGAGUUUGACUCGGCGAUGGCGGAGCGGUUCCGCAGACGCGAGCCCGCAGCCAACAACCCUCUGUCACCCGAGAGGACACCAGCCGCGGGCGGGGAGCAGCCGCACACCAGCUCUCCGGUGUUCUUGAGACUUUUUGCCGCAUGUUUUUACGGACUCAGUUCGUUUCUCAUCGUGGUGGUGAACAAGAGCGUCCUCACCAGCUACAGUUUCCCCUCCUCGAUAUGUCUUGGGAUUGGUCAGAUGUUGGCCACCAUUGUGGUCCUGAGGUCGGGGAAGAUGCUGGGCAUCAUCUCUUUCCCAGACAUGGACCGAAGCAUUCCAGGGAAGCUCUUCCCUCUGCCGCUGUUCUACGUCGGCAACCAGAUCACAGGGCUGUUUGGGACGCAGAGACUCAAUCUCCCCAUGUUCACAGUCCUGAGGAGGUUCACCAUUUUCCUCACCAUGGUGUUUGAGGGCUUUCUACUGAAAAAGACGUACUCCAGCUCCAUCAAGCUCACCGUCUUCCUGAUGAUCUUUGGCGCCUUCAUCGCGGCCAGCACCGAUCUGGCCUUUGACCUUCAGGGCUACGUUUUCAUCAUGCUGAACAACGUGCUGACGGCGGCGGGCGGCGCCUACACCAAGCAGAAGCUGGACUCUAAGGACUUGGGCAAGUUCGGCCUCCUCUACUACAACAGCCUGUUCAUGAUCCUUCCCACGCUGGCGCUCGCCCACUACACAGGAGACUUGACUCUGGGUCUGGAGUUCGGCAGCUGGUCCGACCCGAUGUUCGCGGUGCAGUUUCUCCUCUCCUGCGUCAUGGGGUUCGUGCUCAUGUACUCCAUCAUGCUGUGCACUCAGUACAACUCGGCUCUCACCACCGCCAUCGUCGGCUGCAUCAAGAACGUCAUGGUGACCUACCUGGGGAUGGUGUUUGGCGGCGACUACAUCUUCACCUGGACUAACUUCAUUGGUCUGAACGUCAGCAUCGCAGGCAGCCUCAUCUACUCGUACAUCACCUUCGUGCAAGAGCAAACAAAGAAAGAGUGAAGAAUCUCCACCAGAUCUUCAUCUGGACUCUUCGCUUCGUAACAUGUCUUAAGUGCCUUGAUGUUUUUACAUUUAUUUUUUUUUUAGUCAAUGAUUUCAGGAACGAAUGUCCACUUCCAUUCAAUAAUACAUUUAUUAAAUAUAGCCAACGUU